CUGCCCCCAGUGCUCCCCCCCCUAUGGACACUUCAGGAAAAAAAAACUAGAGGUUUGUGUACAAUAGUUAACUCUCGUGCAUAAUGUGAUAAUGCAGUUUUUAGCCCGACAUCUCUAAACACGAUAUCUGUGUGUACGGGCUAGCGAAACUGUCUCCAUGGUACGUGAGAAAAUUGAAGUCACACUUGCUCCGUGCAACAUCCCCUGUUGCAUUACUAAAUAGUUACGAGUCUAUAGAGACUACCCUACAAAGUACUGAUUAUUUAUGUUUGUAUGAUAUCUGCUUCACUCGACUGUGUCUUCACUCGACGAGUUUGAAUCCUGACAUUUCGUAUUCGUGCAGCAACAAUUAUCGGCGGAAGAAAAUGGCACGAAGUAUAUUGAUCUGUACAGCUAAAGCCUCUGUACAUGCUCGCUUUUCAUAUAAGGAAGUAUUUGUCUGUGAGUGUUCGAUAAGAAGGAGAAUGUUAAACCAUUCGAACACAAUGUGUUUCCCUUACGAUCAAUUCAAUAUGAAAGUGUCUGUAAGAAUAGGAGUUUAUCGAAGUUUCCUAAAGACUAAAAGAUCACGAGAACCUUUGUCAUCGGCGAAAAUAUUAUUCGAUGCACGUAAGGCAUAUAUUACUUCGAUUGUAAACCUAGUAGCCGAGAACAAGCGACUUCACCCUUAGGUUGUGGUGGAUAAUUGUUGAUCCAUUGUCCAACAUCACGAUGCGGGCCCUCUGUCUGUUAUUGGGCGGCUGGGCCCCUUCGGCGCGAUGCCAGCAUGCUUCGUCAGGUGUCAUCUCAGGUCGGCAGCUGAAGAUCCUCACACAAGCCGGUUAUCGUCUAUCAUGCAUAAUGGCUACCCGAACAACUUCAAACGGCGAUUCGCGCUAUACGAAUGCUACAAAAGUGCCCAAAUCAAUCCUGAAAAAAACCUAUUCGGUUAAUGGACCGGAAAAAAAGGCGAUCUCCGAGAUGCAGCAGACCAUUAUCAAAGCAAUUAAGGGCACUAGAAUCAAGCUGGACGUAAAUCAGGCAUACACCGAACGAAAUUUUAUUACGCCUAUUCGCGCUAUGACGGAAUACGGUUUGAAACUUCAAGACCUGGAAGGGCUAAAGAAAACACUUCGACGGAGUCCUAUAAGCGAUAAUCCGCCGAUCACAGUAUUUCUGCGUCGCGACGUCGAAACUAAAGCGUUAGAAGUAUACGGUUCCCGUGAGGCCUUGGAACGUGCACAGCAGCAACAGAUUGAAGAAAUAGAACGACUUCGUGACGAGGAAAACCUGACCUCUAAGAAAGUCUUGAAAGAAUUCUAUAAGGCAGAGAAGCGAAAUGUGGAAAAAAAGCAACGAGAACUAAUCCUCAAAGGUAGCGGCAAAGUUGUACAUACUGCUGUCAUUAUAAAUGCUGCCAACUGCCUGUUCAAGACCGUAGCCUGGCUAUACUCAGGUUCACAUUCAAUGUUUGCUGAGGCUGUACACAGUUUUGCCGACACUCUUAAUCAGCUUAUUUUAGCGUUUGGAAUACGUAAAUCGCUUCAGCAAGCGAACCCGAAUCAUCCUUAUGGGUACCACAAUAUGCGAUACGUCUCCUCGCUUAUAUCUGGGGUCGGUAUCUUCUUCUUCGGAGCGGGUCUGGCCUGGUAUCACGGCGUUAUGGGCCUCUUGUACCCGGAAGCAGUACAAUCUCUCUACUGGGCUUUUAUCAUUCUCGGUGGCAGCUUGUUGACCGAGGGCGGUACGCUCUAUGUUGCCUUCAGGGAAAUCCGCAGUGGGGCUCGGAACGAGAAUGUCUCUAUGCUGGACUACAUCGUCCGCAGCCGAGAUCCAUCGGUGAAUGUGGUCCUUUUGGAGGAUAUCGCUGCGGUGCUCGGAGUGUCAAUCGCGGCGAGCUGUAUGGGCCUUACGCACAUUUACGAAAAUCCACUAUUUGAUGCAGUGGGCUCUUUGCUAAUUGGGGGCAUUCUCACAUCAGUAGCCUCGUUCAUCGUUUACACAAAUACCACCGCGCUUGUCGGCCGGUCCAUUCCAUUCGAGCAAGUACAGAAAAUAAAUCGCGAGCUAGAGUCGGACGUCAUGAUUAGAGCCAUCUAUGAUGUUAAGGCGACCGACAUGGGCAAUCAGGUGGUUCGGUAUAAAGCUGAGGUUGACUUCGAUGGACGUGAACUUACAAGGAGCUAUAUUGAUACAUUGGAUCUAGAAAUGAUGCUUCAGGAAGUACAGGGUUUCACUACAAUAGAAGAGUUGGAUGCGUUCAUGUUGAAGCACGGCGAAAGUAUAAUCGAUCUGCUUGGCGCCCAGGUAGACCGAAUCGAGCGCAAACUUAAGGAACGCCACCCAGACGUGCGACAUGUUGACUUAGAAGUGCUUUAAGUCCGAUCCGAAUCUACAACCGUGCGAUCAACAAUUGACAGAAAAACAUCAUCAUUUCGCAUGUCGCUAUCGGCUCACUACGACGAUCGACAUGUCCCCACCAAUUUUAGGGAGUUAGUAAUUCUGAACUCUCAAACAUGUAAUGUUGUGACUGAAUAACCCCAAUGAUAGGUGCCUUAAAUGGUGAUAAAAGGACCAACUCCUAUCAGUGUUUUAAUGGCACCAAACAUUCGAGCGAGGAAAAUAAUGCUGUCGAAGCAGCGUUGCACGCUUUUCUUUAAACCCGCCGUCACUUUUACGCCGUGCAGCUGAAUAGAAGUGCUUUGUCACAAACGUUACUACUCAUGUAUAACCACUACGGGUAAAGCUCUGUAAAUCCAUAAAAACACGAAGAUUUUUGUCGAGAUAGGGGGACGAGGAGAUAGGAGAGAGGCUUCAGAGCUUCGUCUGUUAGUGUUUUCCAGGUGAAAUUUCCUAACGAAAAGGUUCCGUCGAUUGCUUGAAAAAUCUUACAGAAAACUGCGCAGAUGUGGAAGACAAAAUGCAAACGAAAACUGCUACGGGCGUGCUCAGGGCACCAGCAACUUAUGUGAUAGCAAUGCAAAAUAAUGCUUAUAUUAUGUAUUAUAAAUGACAAGUAACGAUACCACUCAUUAGAUUAAGCGAAUAUAGAACAAGCUACUAGCAGAAACUGAUAGAAAUGAGAUAAUAAUGGAUUUAAGGGAAAAGCUGAAAAAAAAAAACGCUGUAAUUUUCAUGUGGCUAUCAAGCAUGACGUAUUAAAUGUUAAUAUAUACAUAAAAAUAUAUUUUAAAUGUAGACAGAACUUGCUCGAAGGAAAUGAACCAGUACAUAAUGGAACUCGACUGUGUGACAGAAAACGGUCUUACCCUUUUUGUUUUGUAGUACCCUAUGCAGAAAAAUCCUGUAGUAUGGCUGUUGAUCAUCGGGCGUGGUAACCAGAGUGUGGAUGUCACCAUUGGCUGGUGAAUAAAAUGCCGGUAAAAACGAUGCUUAUGUUGUUUUUUGUUCAACUCAAUGUGUUAGAAUUGUUUUGGUUAUUAUUAGGAACCGUAGAUGUAAGGGAGAGACCUUUUGACGAAGCUGUUACCAAUCGGACUUGACGCGAACGAAAAAUUGCAAACGCGUUUAAAAUAUCUUCCAAUAAAUCCUAAAUAUAUCAAUAAGUAUAGCCAUAUGUCUGUCUCUGCGAUUAGGAUUCCCGAAACCUUGUUGAUCCGUCGCUUCAUUCAACUAAUCUGCAAAAGAUGUAUAUAGUAAAAACCGUUAGGUGAAAACAUUGUGUUAAACGUAACAGAAAUGCUGACAGUAAAAAAAAGCAAGUAGAUGGAAUGAAUGCAUUUUUUCAUUGUUCGGGGUUGUUCUUGGACUACUAGAAAAUUUGAAAUAUAUUUCACUGAUAGCGAAGCAGAACUAACCUACCUUUUGGUUUCGAAUUAAUUCAUGGCAUACUGCUAAGCUUGGUGAGAAAGCACUAUGGUGAAUGUCAGCGAAACACUGCUAAAUGUGGCUAUUAUAUAAAUCGAAUAGAUUCAACUGUUCAUUCCUGGUACGGUAACUCAUAGUUUCGAACGUUACCCCGUUCUAUUGAAAAUGUCCAAUAGCCGAAAUCUCAGCCAGACAACACGCUACCAGCGUAUGACGCUUGCCUUUGCCAACGACUAGAAAUGGGCAUUAUGCCCACCGAUUACGCAAGGAGAUUCCAUCUUGAAGUUUAUGGAGAAGAUUACAAACAUGCUAUGAUAAACUAUUAUAAUGUUCUAAGUUUUUUGUGUGCAACUGUGUAUGUUCAAUAGAAAAAUCAGAAUUUAGCUCAAUAAAGUGUUACGUAAAGUAAAACGUA